AGAGUACUUUUAUAAUUGUCGCGUAGCUGUCAAGUUAGAAGUUUUCUUGGAAAUUUUCAUUUUGUUUUUCUAUGAAGUAUGAACUAAUUAUAAAUAAAGUUUUAUUGGCAUUUUACUGCUAUUUUACGAAAGGGUGUUUAUUGUUUAAUAGGUUAUAUAUUUCGACGGGACGAUUUCUUUAGCUUUAGUGUAUUUUGUAUAAAAUUUUUAGUUUUAAAAUGUAUUUUUAAGUGUUUCAUUCCCAAUUGUGCAAGUAACAGAGAAGAGUCUGACGAAGGCCAAAGAAACAAGUGGUUGGACUUUAUAAACUGUGACAAACUUAAAAGUAUGCUGCAUUCCAGUAACCUUUUCAAGAAGCCUGCUUGGUCACAAAAUUUUUGAAUAAAGGGUUUCAUACUGCUAAAUCUGACAUUAAUAAGGCUAAAAAAGGUUGGAUAAACUCAACACUAAUCUUUGGAGUAAAUUGAGUUAGGUUUAUCAUCAAAGAUGACAAAGGUGCUGCUUCGUCAUUCAAGAUUACUUAGCUGCAAAACACGAGAUCCAUUCUUAGUUCACACAAAAUUUGGUUACAUUGCAGCAGGGAGUGUCCUUGCAGAACCUACUUACAAUACAAUCAGCUGUUUGUCUGUAACCAAUGGCAUGAGGUUGGUCAGUUAGAUUGAAUUACUUCUUUAGAACAAGAUGACAUAAAUAAUAAUUUAAGGCAAUUUUGGGAGUCUGCGAAGUUACCUGAAAUCAACACAGAAUGUCUGUCAAAACAACCUUGCUGAAACAUUUUUAGAAUAUCAGUUGUCUUGGAAUCAAAUUGAUAUUGAGUUGGCUUAACCUUAAAAAAACUCAUAACUGCAUUUCAUCUUGGCCUUUUUCUCCUAUAUUACAGGGAUUUUAUAACCUAUAAAAAAGAUUAUAACCAAAUGGUGUACUUUAUCAGAAAUAUAAAGAAUUUAUUAAAGAUCAUAUUGACCUGGGACUUGCAGAACCCUAUGAUAUUCUAAAUAUUUAGAAUGGUGUCUUGGAAGACAACCAAUGUCAAAUUGAGCAAAUUUUUCAGGAAGUAAAUAAAACUAUAAAAUGGUAAUAUUGGAAUAGUAACUAAUUUUGAUAUUUUAUAUACAAAAAGUACAUUAAAAUAAAUAAUAGUAUAAACAAUAAGUAUUUAUUAAUUUUGUAAAAGUAAAAAUAACCUAACCUAACCCAACUAGGUUUUGCCAAUGCUUCUUCAGGGCUUAUGGUUGUUGCUUAUAUGAAGAGUUGUUCAUAGUGAUUCUACUGUAUUAAUAAACUUAUUGUGUUUAAAAUCUUGGAUAUGUUCUAUCAAUAAAGAGCUAAGCACACCCUGACUUGAGUUAUAUAAUGCUUUGUUAUUAAUUGUUGAUAUCAAAAAACUAGUAACAAUACUUUUAAGAGACUAGCCCGAGAAUUCUAUCACAAGAAUUUUUUUUUUAUAGGAUAAGGGUGACAAACGAGCACACUGUCCACCUGAUGGUAAGUGGUUACUGUGGCCCAUAGACAUCUAAAUCUAUCCUCGACUUACGAAUCAAAAUGCAGAUGUGUUGCCACCCGUGAGGACUAAGAUGCAAUGCCUCGUUUCCAGUAAACAGGGUCUCUGGUUCUCUACACUCACCGUACGAAACACAGCAGCCUUAUGCUGCUAUUUUACGCUGGUAUUCUGUGAGUGUGGUCCUUCCCCGGUCGAGCCGACCCAUUCGUGCUACAGUUAUAUUACUAAUAUAGCUGUAGUAUGGCUCUACCAUGUAUAAAAGAAUAAUACCACCUUAUUUAUCUGACUUGUUUUUCUCUCACAUUCACAUUAUUAGUUAUAUUUUGUAUAAAAUUAUGUAUCCUGUUAUUUUAUUUUUGUAUUAUAUUGGAAUGUAGUUCCUUAUCGCACUGUAGGAAUUUGACGGAUGGGGACUAGGGGAGAAAAGGUGUAAGAUUUUUCCGUCACAACCUCUUUUCUAUGGUGCGAGCGAGAUGGAAGAAUAUCUAUCUUCCUCGAAUUUAUACUUAUCUUGCCAUGAAAGAAAUAUUAUUUUAAAUAAGACUUCAUUUUAAUAGAGGCUAGUAAUUAUUUUUUUUUGUAUUUCUUAAUCAAUAAUAUAAUACGUUUAUCAAUAAUGAUAUACUACGAAAGGAACUUCUAUCCAGCCAAGUGUUCCACGACACACACAUUUUUUUUUUAUUUAUUUAAAGAUUUUGUAUAUAAGAACCCGUUUAGACAUUUAUUAUUGAUUCUUUAUUAUAUAGUAGAUAUUAAGUAUGUAUAUUUUUACUAAAUAUAUUCUAUUAGCACUAAGCACUAAGCACUAUGCUCAAUGACCUCAAUAGUGUUUCCCAACGGAUAGGUCUUAAGAUGAACAUGGACAAAACAAAGAUCAUGUUUAAUGUCCAUGUCACACCUAUGCCGGUAGUUGUUGGGAACACUAAGCUCGAAGUUGUUGACGAGUAUGUUUACCUGGGACAAAUAGUCCGACUAGGUAAGUCCAACUUCGACCGAGAGGUCAAUCGACGGAUUCAACUCGGUUGGGCAGCGUUCGGGAAAUUACGGCACAUCUUCUCGUCAGGUAUACCUCAAAACUUGAAAACGAGACUGUACACCCAGUGCGUGUUGCCAGUGAUGACAUACGGAACUGAGACGCGGUCCUUCACUGCUGGCCGGAUGAGGAAGCUCAAGGUCGCUCAGCGAGCUAUGGAGAGGGCUAUGCUCGGAGUUUCUCUGCGUGAUAAACUCAGAAAUGAGGAUAUCCGCAGUAGAACCAGAGUGACCGACAUAGCCCAACGGAUUAGUAAGCUGAAGUGGCAAUGGGCCGGCCAUAUAGCUCGAAGAACCGACAACCGAUGGGGAAGAAAGGUUCUCGAGUGGCAGCCUCGUACCGGCAGGCGAAGUGUAGGGCGUCCCCCCACUAGAUGGAGUGACGACCUGGUAAGAUAUGCAGGAAGUCGAUGGAUGCAGUUGGCUCAGGACCGUGCUUUGUGGCAUUCUUUGGGGGAGGCCUAUGUUCAGCAGUGGACUUGAGAAGGGCUGUAAUGAAUGAAUGAAUAUUCUAUUAACAUGCAUUUUGUUGUACCUCAUGUCUUUAUUACUUAUUUGUUAAAUUUAUGAAGUGGUUGUUUACACCUGCCACAGUUUCUCAAAUCAUCCAGGGUUGACUGGUAGGGAAUAUCAUAAGGCAUUAAGUCCGCCCUUUGUAUCCCUUAUUAUAAAGUGUGUAAUAAAGAUUAAAUAAAUAAAUAACUGUAGUGGCAAAACACCUUCAUAAUCUUUUUAUGUUAAAAAAUUGAUAUCAAUGUGUACAUAAUAUAUUUAGAUUCAAGAGUUGUAUAAGCGUUGCUUGGCAUAGAACCAAUGUACCUUUCGUAAAUUAACUAUCAGCAACCUAGCCAGCCAGUCAUCCUGAGUGUGAUUUUUCUCAUAUAGUUAUUAUGUAUAUUUUCUUUUAGUUUCUUACAAUAUAUAUUUAGUUGGGUUAGAUUAUGAUAAUUGUUAAAUUCAGUUGUAAAUUUAAUUAAAUAACUAAUUAUUAGUCUGCUUAAAUCAUUUUUCAAACAGUUUAAAUUGAUAAGGUUUUACAGGCUUUUACCGAAAUUACUAGUAUUUCUUUUUUUUUUGUUUGUUUUCGUUUUUGGUUUGUUUCUGUUAUUAACUCACUUUCAGAUUUAUACAGUAAUACUAGCAAGUAAUAUAAACACUUUAAGAAAUAUAUGUAACAUAUGUAUUGUAAUAUCGCUGGUAGACCC